AUGAACUCCAUGCGCCAUCCAAAUGUGAUCACGUUCUACGCCACAUGCACCAAGCCUCUGGAUCUGUGCAUCAUCAUGGAGCACAUGGAGCUGGGCUUGCUGUUAGAUCUCCUCAAGAACAAGCUCAUGGAGUACCUGCCACUGGCACUUCACAUCAAGCUUGCACUCAGGAUCACCAAGGGCAUGCACUACAUCCACUCACAGGGCAUCGUCCACCGCAAUCUCAAGUCGCCCAAUGUGCUCAUUGACUCCAAGUGGAACGCCAAGGUCGCUGACUUUGGUCUCAGCACAGCGCAACGCGCCAUGGGGAACGAACAGGCGGGCCUCAGCAUCCCCUGGGCGGCGCCCGAGAUCCUCAGCGAUUCAACCAUGGCUGAUGGCGUGUUGGCCAACAUCUACUUGUUUGGUAUCAUAUUGUGGGAGAUCAUCACAUGCAAGAAGCUGUCAUCUGUGACCAGAACCAAUCAGCUGUGGGAGCUCAACCACUCAGCAGCAUGCAAGGCCACCAUGAUCCACAAUGCACUCAUGUGCAAUCUCAUGAUGACCCACAAUGGCUAUGAGGUGCACAUGUCUGGCCUCAAGGCAAGCAUGGGCACUGGCACCUUCUGCAUCACCUUCCACCAGGCCAUUGACACUGUGGCCUGGUGGUUGCUGUGCAUCAACAGCACACACACCAAGUAUGGCAACUUGUCCAACAAACACUUUGUCUACCACGGACUGCGUGUGUGCAUGGGCGUGCACAUUGGCCUGGUGCUCAUGUCACCCAACGUCAAGGCCGAGCUCACUGACCUGCCCAAUGAGAUUGGGUGGAUGUGUCCCCUUUGGAUCCAACACAUGGGCAAUGUUGAUCUCAAGCAAGCGGCGCCCAAGGGGAUCCCCUACCAGCUGAUCAUGAACUCACUUGAGAUGCACGCCAAGAAUCAUGUGUGGUUCAAUGAAGACGAUGACAGUGAUGACUGUGAUGUGCUCCAGCUGCCCGCUGAGGACAUGAGCCUGCUGGUGUCAGCCAACAAGUGCCAGUGGUUUAUUGACCUGUGUGAGAUUGAGACUGGCAAGGUGAUUGGCUGUGGGAUGAGCGCCAUCAUCUACAGGGGCCUGUGGAGCAAGUGGACACUGCCCAAUGUCCUGCUCUUCAUCAGCACCACCAUUGGCGACAAGCACCUCUUGCUUGUCACUGAGUUCGUGCCCUGUGGCAGCCUCGCCAGUGUGCUUGCCAACACCUCCAAGUACCCACUCAUGUUCACCCAGCACAUGCACAUGGCCUAUGGCACUGCACAUGGCAUGCACUACCUCCACUCACUUGAUCUGCUGCUGCUCCACUGUGAUCUCAAGUUGUUGAACCUGCUUGUGGAUGACUGCCUCACUGUCAAGGUGGCUGACUUUGGCUUUGUGUGCAUCAAGGAGAACAAUGCCACCAUGACCAACUGUGGCAUGCCCACGUGGAGUGCGCCUGAGGUGAUCCAGGGCCUUGACUAUGGCAUGUGGGCCAACAUCUAUUUGUUUGGUGUCAUCCUGUGGGAGAUUCUCAUGUGCAAGGUGCUGUACACCAAUGAGCUGUUCAUGUGUGUGGUCAUGUCCAUCAUUGAAGGCAAGCACCCACACAUCAUGUUGGAUUGUCCUGAAGCACUGCACUGA